CUUCCCCCGCCGCCCGGCUGCGCGCCGAGAGGGUUUUGGCGCUCUGUCCCCGCGCGCGCUUUCGGAGGACAUUGUGAUGUUGCUGGCAUCUAGGAACCAGAACUAUGAGUGAGUUUCGUAUUCACCAUGAUGUCAACGAGCUGUUGAGUUUGCUGCGUGUGCACGGUGGGGAUGGGGCCGAGGUCUAUAUUGAGCUGUUGCAGAAGAACAGAACCCCAUACGUGACAACCACUGUGUCUGCACACAGUGCUAAGGUUAAGAUAGCAGAAUUUUCUCGUACUCCAGAAGACUUUCUGAAGAAAUAUGAUGAGCUGAAGUCUAAAAGCACCAGGAACCUUGAUUCCUUGGUGUACUUGCUGUCCAAGCUCACGGAGGACAGGCAGACACUACAGUACCUCCAGCAGAAUGCCAAAGAAAGAGCUGAGUUGGCAGCCGCUGCCACCACCAGCAGCAUCCCCGGCUUUGGCACCCCGGCCAUGGCCUCCAGAAUCUCGAUGCAGGAGCUGGAGGAGCUGAGGAAGCAGCUGGGCAGCGUUGCCACAGGCUCCACCUUGCAGCAGUCUCUGGAACUUACAAGAAAGAUGCUUCGAGACAAGCAGAACAAAAAAAACUCAGGCCAGCAGCUCCCGGUUUUCCCUGCCUGGGUGUACGAGAGGCCCACGCUGCUCGGGGACUUCUUAACCGGCUCAGGCCCAAGCACAGAUACCACCGUGCCCAUAGGCUCACUGCCGCUGGCUGCCCAGGAGUCGGCCGUGGUGGAAGACUUGCUGUAUGUGCUGGUGGGUGUGGACGGCAGGUACAUCACAGCCCAGCCCCUGACUGGAAGACAGGGCCGCACCUUCCUCGUAGACCCCAACCUGGACCUAUCCGUCCGAGAGCUGGUGGGCAGGAUUCUGCCUGUGGCUGCCAGUUACUCCACCAUCACCAGGUUCAUUGAAGAGAAGUCGUCCUUCGAGUAUGGGCAGGUGAACCAUGCCCUGGCGGCUGCCAUGAGGACACUGGUGAAAGAGUACCUGAUCCUGGUCACACAGCUGGAGCAGCUGCAGCGCCAGGGGCUGCUGUCCCUGCAGAAGCUCUGGUUCUACAUUCAGCCGGCCAUGCGCACUGCUGAUAUCCUGGCCUCCCUGGCCACGUCAGUGGACAAAGGCGAGUGUUUGGGAGGGGCCACCCUCAGCCUUCUACACGACCGCAGCUUCAAUUACACGGGAGACAGCCAGGCGCAGGAGCUGUGCCUAUACCUUACCAAGGCCGCCAGUGUGCCCUACUUCGAGAUUCUGGAGAAGUGGAUCUACAGAGGAAUCAUUGACGACCCGUAUAGCGAGUUUAUGGUGGAGGAGCAUGAGCUUCAGAAGGAGAAGAUCCAGGAGGAUUACAAUGACAAGUAUUGGGAGCAGCGGUACACCGUGGUGCCCAGGCACAUCCCGUCUUUCCUGCAGAAGGUGGCCGGCAAGGUCCUGAGCACUGGGAAGUAUCUCAACGUGGUCCGGGAAUGCGGGCGUGAUGUGACCUGCCCCGCAGCUACCGAAGUGGUCUACACGCUGAAGGAGCGGGCCUACGUGGAACAGAUUGAGCAGGCCUUCAGCUAUGCCAGCAAGGUGCUGCUGGGCUUUCUGCUGCAGGAACAGGCACUGCUGGAGCACCUCAGGUCCAUCAAGCGUUACUUCCUGAUGGACCAGGGAGAUUUCUUCGUGCACUUCAUGGACCUCACGGAAGAGGAGUUGAAGAAGCCGGUAGAUGACAUUGCACCCUCCCGCCUGGAGGCAUUGCUGGAGCUGGCCCUGCGCAUGAGCACUGCCAACACCGACCCCUACAAGGAUGACCUCAAGAUUGACCUCAUGCCGCAUGACCUCAUCACUCAGCUCCUGAGAGUCCUGGCCAUCGAGACCAAGCAAGAGAAGGCCAUGGUGCAGGCUGACCCCACGGAGCUCACAUUGAGUGGUCUGGAGGCCUUUUCCUUCGACUACGUGGUCAAGUGGCCACUGUCCCUGAUCAUCAACAGGAAAGCACUAACGCGCUACCAGAUGCUCUUCCGGCAUAUGUUCUACUGCAAGCACGUGGAGCGGCAGCUGUGUAAUGUGUGGAUCAGCAACAAGGCAGCCAAGCAGUGCUCACUUCACUCGGCAAAGUGGCUGGCUGGAGCCUUCACACUGCGACAGCGGAUGCUCAACUUUGUCCAGAACAUUCAGUACUACAUGAUGUUCGAGGUGAUGGAGCCCACAUGGCAUGUGCUGGAGAAGAACCUUAGAUCGGCCAGCAACAUUGACGACGUGCUGGGUCACCACACGGGCUUCCUGGACUCGUGCCUCAAGGACUGCAUGCUGACCAACCCUGAGCUGCUGCGCGUCUUCUCCAAGCUCAUGUCCGUGUGUGUCAUGUUCACCAACUGCAUGCAGAGAUUCACACAGAGCAUGAAGCUAGAUGGUGAACUGUGCCCGAGGGCGCCAGAAUAUGGCCUGCUAGGACCACCCACUGAUGUCGAGCGGGCGGAGGAGCGUGCCAGGAAGGAGCAUGCCAGGAAGCACCUGGCUGAGCAUGUGGACGCGCCGCAGCUGGCCUCCAGCUUUGAAGCCACCAUCAGCAAGUUCGACAAGAACUUCUCUGCGCACCUGCUGGACCUUCUGGCCCGACUGAGCAUCUACAGCACCAGCGACUGUGAGCACGGCAUGGCCAGCGUCAUCUCCAGGCUCGACUUCAAUGGCUUCUAUACUGAGCGUCUGGAGCGUUUGUCUGCAGAGAGGAGCCAGAGGACAGCUCCCCACGUUCCUGGCCCUCGGGGUCCACCAGCACCAGCCCCUAGGGUUGCUGUGACUGCGCAGUGACCCCAUGGGACAGCCCUGUGCUGGCCUGCUAAGGCCACAUUGGAACUAGGCUGCCCUCGGCACUCCCCUCCGGCUGAACCUGUUCUUCCCUUUGCCCCAAAUAAACAGUGAAAACCCA